AAAUCUAAAAAUUUGAAUUAAAGAUAUUUUAAAAAUAUAUGUUGACACUGUGUUCGUUAUGUCACUAUGUAUAUCCCUAAUACGCUUUCUUUUUUAAAACAGCGUAUAACAUUCGAAUGAAUUCAAAAGCGAAUUUAGAAUCAAAAAUUAAUUUUGAAUAAAAAAUAAAAUUAUGUUCUUUUUAAAAUACUCGAUUUUAUUCUAGUAAAAUAAGCCUCGGUGGCCUUAGCCUAACUUGUACUCAACUUAGCAGUAUUUUUCUGAAAAAAACAUUACGCAUGCACAAAGUAUAGUCACGAGUGUUAUCGUCUCGCAAAAUUGAUUAGCUUAUCGAAGAGAAAAGUGUUUACGCCGCGCGAAUAAAUAAUAGUAUGAGUCCAAACUUCAGAUGUAACAAAAUCGUAGAUCGGUGGUCUAUCAUAAACAAUAUGAACGUUAACAGUUACAAAAUAAUAAAUCAAAAGCGCGCUAAGUGACAAUUGAAAAGAAACCAAAUUAUAUACUAAGAAAAAGUGUUAAGAAAGAAUAUAACUUUAAAAUAAAUCUUUAUGCAAAAUCGGAUUUAUAAACACUUAAGCUAGGCAGAAACAUAUUUUCUGUUUCGAUAAUUCUAUAAACAAUAUUCGUAGUCUCAUGACAAAGUAUUAAUUUAGGGGUAAGUACGGUGUCACUCAAGCGACGUAUACAGUAUUAUUUUAACAAAAUGAGCAAUAGUGACUUGUGGAUUCGUGACAUGUUCACCAAUUACGGAAUUUUGGCGCUUCUUUUUACGAUUAUGGUGAUCUGGAUGGCGCAGCAAUGGUCGUACUUGCAGAAACAUAUUUAUAAAGCGUACCUAACAGGAUUUGAAAAGGAAUGGGCAGAACUCGCGCUUCCCUAUAGAAAACGUUUGUUCGCAGUGUUGCAAAAUGCAAUUUCUAAUGACGAGAGACUGCGGUCCAUGGGUUGCAUCCGUGUGCUCGAGAUCGGUGUUAAAACGGGUGAAAAUAUACAAUUUUAUCCAAGCAAUACUCGUUUGAUUACCGUCGAUCGCAACCUGAGGCUAGCCGAGUAUUUAAUUAAGGGGAGACAUUCGUGGCAAUUUUCGCACGUAACUAUUGAACGUGCGAUAGUUGGUGACGGCAGUUCUUUAAAAGAUGUACCUACAGGAUAUAUAGAUGUAGUUGUGACAAUGAGAUCAUUAUGUUCAGUGAAGUCGGUGCAAUCAACACUACGUGAGAUUCACAGAGUUCUGGCACCGGGUGGUCACUAUUUGUUCAUAGAACAUGUGCCCGAAACUGAAGGAACUUUUGUGCGAAGGCUGCAAAAAUUAUUGUCACAAACAAAAAUAUGGUCAGCGUUGUUUGGUGGUUGCCGUUUAAACGCUAAUCCUAUGAAACAUAUUCGAAAAAUUGGUUUCGCUAGUAUUACGUGUGACACAUUCAUUCUCGACGGAUAUGUGACACAACAUUUUCAUCUGGUUCUUUCGAGGAAACAUGUAUUAGGAAUUGCAAUACGAUAGUUGUAUUUAAAAAAUCAUAAAACAUAAAGCAGGAACAAAUUUUUAAUAAAGUCCAAGUUACUUUCGUACAACAA